AUGGACAAAGUGCUGUGUCAAAGUCACGGAGCUGUGUGCAUGCUUAAAACGGGCGUCAAGGACGGGCCGAACAAAGGCAAAAGCUUUUAUGUGUGUGUUGACAAGGCGGGCUGUGGCUUCAGCCAACCAGCCAGCCUCCCUCCAUCACAUUGCCUCCAGCAUGAAGACUCCACCGUAGAGCUCCAGGCCCUGACCUACAGCCAGCAGCAGAAGACCUACAGGUUGUUCUACCGCUGCAUUGUGGGUAAAAAAGCUGGACAGAAGUGGUGUGGAAAUGUGCCAUGGACAAAUCAGCCCCACAAAGACCAGAGGAAUCCUUUAGCCGAGAGCCAGUUGCAGCCGUCUUGCGUGGCCCCUGUGCGGAACCCCUUCAAAGCCCCCGCCAGUGCCCAAGACUCUGCGUGGAGAAAGAUCCAGAGUGGAGACCCCAGGACCCAGGCCAAGGAGAACGAGAGGCUGGGGCUGCAGACCGGGUCCCAGCACAGAGUCCUCCCACCAGGCAUGAAAGUGAAGAAGUGCCAGAUCCCAGGGGAGGGGAGAGAGACCAGGGCUGAGGGGAAAGAGACCAGGGCUGAGGGGAAAGAGACCAGGGCUGAGGGGAAAGAGACCAAAGCCGAGGGAUCAAAGGACCAAAGCACAGACCGGGGGAAACUGACCAAAGCUGAGGUGGAUCAGGCUCUCAGCACAGUCCCUGCUAUCAUCCCUGCGCUUACUUCAUAUAGAGAGCGGCCGCAGGAGCCAGAGGAUGAGGACGAGGUGGUCCUGGUGUCAGUGCUGCCCCCUCCUCAAAAAGCCCCCAUACAGAAGGCCUUGACCACCUUUCCAGGCUUCCAGAAGGCCCCCAAACCUCCGUCAGGGGACUCCCAGGGACUCCGGAGCCUGCUCUCCUCUCAGCUUCAGCAGAAGAAGGCCACUCUGGCUGCAGUGAACCUGGGAGUCCUCCCUGAUAAAGGAGCUCGUUUAAAGACGCAGGUGAAGGAGCUGGAGGACGCUCUAGACGCCCUCUGUCUGACUGCCCCCUCUGAGCCAGGUCCUGAGCCUGGAGUUUCCAGUGUCACAGCCUGCGCUCCUCUGAAGCCAUGCAGUCGUCCUGGAGGAACAGUCCUGCUCCCUGCCCCGCCACAAACAGCUCAGCUCCAGAGCCAGGCCCAGGCCCAGGCCCAGGCACUGUACGGAGGCCGCAUGACGGAGGACCGGCUGCUGGCCGUGAAGAACGCCACCUGUGAGGCCAUAGAGCACAUGCACGCCUCUCUGGAGACCUGCCCCGGGGCGGACAGCGAGGCCCCUGAGCCCCCAGGCAUCAAGGUUCCUCUGAUGGCCCAUCAGAAGAGGGCUCUGGCCUGGCUACUCUGGAGGGAGGAGAAGAAUCCCUGUGGAGGUAUUCUGGCUGAUGACAUGGGUCUGGGCAAAACGCUGACCAUGAUCGCCCUCAUCCUGGCCAAGAAGAGCACACAGAGGGAGGCAGGGGCAGAGGCCUGGAUCUCCAAGAAAGACUCCAGCCUGGUCAGCUCCAGGGCCACUCUGAUCGUCUGCCCAGCCUCUCUGGUUCACCACUGGAAAAAGGAGGUGGAACGGCACGUGAGGCCUGGCAAGCUCUCAGUCUACCUGUACCAUGGGCCCAACCGUGAGAAGAAGGCCAAGAUACUGGCCGAGCAUGACGUGGUGGUCACUACAUAUGGCCUGGUGUCCAAGGAGAUGCCCCCCCCAAAGGACUGUGCAGAGGACGGGGGUGCAGGCGCUGAUGCGGGGCCAGUGGCCCGCCAUGCCAGCCCUCUGCUCAGAGUGUCCUGGGCCCGGAUCAUUCUGGAUGAAGCUCACAACAUCAAGAACCCCAAAGUGCAGACCUCUGUGGCCGUGUGUCAGCUGAGGGCAGGGGCCCGCUGGGCAGUGACUGGGACCCCCAUCCAGAACAACCUGCUGGACAUGUACUCCCUGCUCAAGUUCCUCCGCUGCUCUCCGUUUGAUGAGUUCAAACUGUGGAAAGCUCAAGUGGAUAACGGCUCCAAAAGAGGCCGAGAGAGGCUGAACAUCCUCACAAAGACCUUGCUGCUGCGGAGGACCAAGGACCAGCAGGACGCCACUGGAAAGCCCUUGGUGUCCCUCCCACAGCGCUGCUGUCAGCUGCACCAGCUCACUCUGUCUGAAGACGAGCAGGCUGUGUACGAUGUGCUCUUUGCUCAGUCCAGAUCCACUCUGCAGAACUACCUGCAGAGACACGAAGGCCAGAAGCUGGACAAGGGCAGCGCCGCCAACCCCUUUGACAAAGUGGCUCAGGAGUUUGGGAUGUCCCAGCCUGAGGCGUCUCAGUCCCUGUCCCAGUCCCUGUCCUCGUCUCAGACCAAGCAGGCAUCCAGCACGGUCCACAUCCUGUCCCUGCUGCUGCGGUUGCGGCAGUGCUGCUGCCACCUGUCUCUGCUCCGGAAGACCCUCCAGGCCUCUGAGCUCCAGGGAGACGGGGUGGUCCUGUCUCUGGAGGAGCAGCUCUGUGCUCUCUCUUUGAGCUCCAGCCCAGACCCAGCUCCAGCAGAACCCAACCCUGAACACACGGUGUCUCUGAAUGGAACGCGCUUCCACCCCCAGCUGUUUGAGGACAGUAGGGAAAGCACCAAGAUGUCUGCUAUUGUCUCUGAGCUGAUGGCCAUCAGGCAGCGAGGGCCCGAUCACAAAAGUGUGAUCGUGUCCCAGUGGACCAGCAUGCUCCACAUUGUGGCUGUGCAUCUGCAGCAGAUGGACCUGAGCUUUGCGGUCAUCGACGGGACUGUGCUCCCCAAGAAGAGGAUGGACCUGGUGGAGGACUUCAACACUAACCCCCACGGCCCUCAGGUGAUGCUGGUGUCUCUCUGCGCUGGUGGAGUGGGGCUGAACCUGGUUGGAGGAAACCACCUGUUCCUCAUGGACCUGCACUGGAACCCGGCUCUGGAGGACCAGGCCUGUGACCGCAUCUACCGCGUGGGCCAGAGGAAAGACGUCACUAUUCACAGGUUUGUGUGUGUAGGCACUGUGGAGGAGAAGAUCUCCACUCUUCAGGCCAAGAAGAAGGAACUGGCCCAGAACGUCCUGUCGGGGACCGGGAGCACCCAGUCCAAGCUCUCCCUCGCCGACCUGCGAGUCAUCUUUGGAGUGUAG